AUGGCUAAGAUGGAAUCCAAUCAGCUAAACCAGCUGGGGGACAUCUUCGCCCGGUUCGACAUGGACCACGACGGCAGCCUCACGCAGCUGGAGAUGGCCUCCCUCCUCCGCUCGCUCGGCCUCAAGCCCUCCGACGACCAGAUCCACUCCCUCCUCGCCAACAUGGACGCCAGCCGCAACGGCUCGAUCGAAUUCGACGAGCUCGUCGGCGCAAUCCUCCCCGACAUCAACGAGGAGGUGCUUCUCAACCGGGAACAGCACAUGAUGCAGGAGGCCGACACCAACGGUGACGGCGUCCUCAGCUUGCACGAAUUUGCCACCAUUAUGGCCAAAUCUGCAGUCGAAUCUCGCCGAGCCUGAAUCGUCUUCCUCCUCCUAGGGUUUACUCAUCUUAAUUUUUUUAAAUUGGGGGAAGCUGAUGUGGCAUUAUAGAUUGUGGCUAUGACGAACUAAUUCUUCUUAAUUUGUAAAGCUAAUUGCGAUUCAUGAUUUAUUGGAUUUAUGAUGAACUAAUUCAUAUUGGA